CAUCAAUCUCAACAGCAUCUCUCUGCCCGAUGUCAACUUCUCUCAACUUCCGUCUUUCCCAGUCGCAGUUGGUGCAGAACCUCUUUGAGUUUCAGGGUGGAACCAGUGAGAAUCAGAUUGAGGCAGUGGACCUCAUACAGAUGAUUGACUCCAACACUGCCAGAGUGGGUGUCGCUAUAAUUCUGGUAGCCCAUCCACCGGACACGUACUAUCCAAUUGACAUACACAUGACAAUUAGAGCACUGCUGGUGGCUCAGUCAUCGAAACUUCGCAAGCCACAGGCAGCAUUGUGCAUGCUACAGGUGCGUGUAACUUUGUUACUUGUCAAA